GGGAGCUGUCAGCAGCCAUGGUGGGGGCUCUGGUCAGAGGAUGGCGGAGCCGGAGCUCUCCCCGAAGGGCUAAAGCCAAGCUUCUCAUCUCACAGAGUCAAGAUGUGCACCACUUGCGUCUUGAAGUGCCAUCAGCUGUAGCUAAAGUUGCAGCUCCCAGGACCACAGCCCGGCAUUCCCUCUCCCAAGUACGGACGACCAUGGAGCUCUCAGACAGCGAGCGCCCGGUCAGCUUCGGCUCCACAUCGUCCUCGGCCUCUUCCCGGGACAGCCAUGGUUCCUUUGGGAGCAGAGUGACCUUAGUUUCAAACAGCCACUUGGGCUUGUUUCACCAGGAUAAGGAAGCAGGGGCCAUAAAACUGGAGCUGAUUCCAGCCAGGCCGCUUUCCAGCAGUGAGCUGCAGAAGGAUAGCCCAGCUGGGCAGCAGAACCUGGAUGAGGGCAGCAAUGGGCAGCCCCAGGCCCAGCACCUCCUAGUGGAAACAAAUGGGGCCACCAAGGCAAGUGCAGAAUCGGCCACCAGCCCCAAGCUCCUCUACGUGGAUAGAGUAGUUCAGGAAAUCCUGGAGACUGAAAGGACUUAUGUGAAAGAUUUAAAAAGCAUCGUGGAGGAUUACCUUGACUGCAUCAGCGACCAAUCAAAACUCCCUCUGGGGACAGAAGAGAGGUCAGCCCUUUUUGGAAAUAUACAGGAUAUCUACCACUUCAAUAGUGAACUUCUGCAAGAUUUAGAAAACUGUGAAAAUGAUCCUGUGGCCAUAGCAGAAUGUUUUGUGUCCAAGAGUGAAGAGUUCCACAUUUAUACCCAGUACUGCACUAACUAUCCAAGAUCAGUGGCUGUGCUCACAGAGUGCAUGAGGAACAAGAUGCUGGCCAAAUUCUUCAGGGAGCGUCAGGAAACUUUGAAACACUCACUGCCACUGGGAUCCUAUCUCUUGAAACCAGUUCAGCGGAUUCUCAAGUAUCAUCUCCUUUUGCAUGAAAUCGAAAAUCACCUUGACAAGGACACAGAAGGCUAUGAUGUGGUGCUUGAUGCUAUCGACACGAUGCAGCGAGUAGCCUGGCACAUCAACGACAUGAAGAGGAAACACGAGCACGCGGUCCGGCUGCAGGAGAUACAGAGCUUGCUCACUAACUGGAAGGGGCCAGACCUGACCAGCUACGGAGAGCUGGUGCUUGAAGGCACCUUCCGCAUCCAGCGGGCCAAGAACGAGCGGACGCUCUUCCUCUUUGACAAGCUGCUUCUCAUCACAAAGAAGAGAGAUGACACGUUUACAUACAAAGCUCACAUCCUGUGUGGCAACCUCAUGCUCGUGGAGAUGAUUCCAAAGGAGCCGCUCAGCUUCAGUGUCUUCCACUACAAGAACGCCAAGCUGCAGCACACAGUUCAGGCUAAAUCCCAGCAAGACAAACGCCUAUGGGUUCUGCACCUGAAGAGACUGAUCUUAGAGAACCACGCAGCAAAGAUUCCUGCUAAGGCCAAGCAAGCAAUACUUGAAAUGGAUGCCAUUCAUUACCCAGGCUUCUGUUACAGUCCUGCCGGAGAGGCGAAAGCAUUCUGUGGCUCUAAAGACGGUUCUACUCCAUAUCGGCUGAGAAGAAAAUCUGAACCUUCCUCAAGAUCACAUAAAGUCUUGAAAACCAGUGAAACAGCACAAGACAUCCAAAAGGUGUCCAGAGAAGAAGGGUCUCCCCAGCUGACUUCAGCAGGGCCAUCUCCCGCCCAGAGGAACAGUCAGCCAAGCAGUUCUGCCAUUAUCAGUGCACUUCGAGGGCGUGGAGCCAUCAGAAACCUCUGGACGGACCACCAGAUCAGGCAAGCCUUGUUUCCCAGCCGCCGGUCCCCACAGGAGAACGAGGAUGACGAAGACGAUUACCAGAUGUUCGUGCCAUCCUUUUCCUCUUCAGACUUGAACUCUCCCCGGCUGUGUGAGGAUGGCCCUUCAAGUCGCCCUUGUAGCUGGCAUAUGGGACAGAUUGAGCCUACAGAGGCCACCGGCUCGGGCCAUAGGGUUGUUAGGCGGGCCAGCAGUGCUGGCGAAAGCAACACGUGCCCUCCUGAAAUAAGCGUCAGGGACAGUGGUGGCUGUCAGUACAGCCCCGGAAAAGAACUGCAGAAUGGCUCUAGAAGGGAUGGGCAGGACGGAAUGACUCCCUUUGGGUCGUCUAUAGAGUUGACUAUUGAUGAUAUAGAUCAUGUCUAUGACAACAUAAGUUAUGAGGACUUAAAACUAAUAGUUGCUAAACGGGAAGAAGCUGAGUGCACUCCCCCCAAAUCAGUCAGGGACUCUGUUCGCCCCAAGAGCACCCCUGAGCUGGCCUUCUCAAAGAGGCAGGCUGGCCACGGGAAGAGCUCUCUGCACACAAAGAGAGAUGGGGCUCCGACGGGCCUCGAGGCAUCGAACCAAAGCACGCAGGAACUCGAGGUGGUUGAGGAGAACAUCUAUGACACUAUAGGCCUCCCAGAUCCACCCUCGCCGGAUUUCAAAGGCAGCAGCCUGCCGCGUUCCAAGAGGAGCACCUUCUUAGGUCUGGACGCCGACUUUGCAUGCUGCGACAGCCUGCGGCCCUUCGUCUCCCAGGACAGCCUCCAGUUCAGCGAGGAUGAAACGCCUUACCCCCAGGGACCCUCAGAGAACGACUAUUUGAGCUUGCUGUAUAACUCCUUCAGCUGUAACUUGUCUCUAGGAGAUAAGUCUAUAUCUGAUAAACUGUCUGAAGAAGUAGACGAAAUCUGGAAUGACCUGGAAAAUUACAUCAAGAAAAAUGAAGUCAAAACUAGAGACCGGCUCCUUGCGGCAUUUCCUGUUAGCAAAGAUGAUGUGCAAGACAGGCUGCGCUCGGAGAGCACCCCUGAGCUGAGCAGAGACGUGGCGCGCUCCACGCUCUCGCUGCCUGCGGGCCCUGCUUGCCUCACGUCCCUCAAAGACAGGCCCAGCAGAGCCAGACGGGCCACCUGCCUGUUCGAAGAAGACCUGAUUGCCAAAGAGGGCUCCUUUCUGAGUCUGAACCGGCUCUCUCUGGCCAGUGAAAUACCCGCCAUGGAAAAUCCUUAUGACUUGGCUAACAGUCGUCUGUCCCAAACAGAUCUGGAACCCCCUGACCCUGGGAUGGAGGCCACGGAUAAGACAAAAAGCAGGGUUUUUAUGAUGGCGAGGCAGUACAGUCAGAAGAUCAAGAAGGCAAAUCAACUUUUAAAAGUGAAAAGCCCAGAGUUGGAGCAGCCACUGGCCAGCCAGCAGCAUAAAUCUGUGCACAGAGAUCUGGCUGCCAUCCUAGAAGAAAAGAAGCAAGGGGGGCCUGGCAUCGGUGCCAGGAUUGCUGAGUAUUCCCAAGUGUAUGACCAGAUUGUAUUCAGAGAGACUCCCUGUAAGCCUCAGAAGGAUGGCUGGGCCAGCCCUCAAGAGCCUUCCAACCUCAGGUGUGCAUCACCUUCCCAGGCCCAACAAGGUAGUCAGGAUUGGCUUUUGCACUCCACCUAUAGUAAUGGAGAAUUAGCAGAUUUCUGUUCCCAGCCAGAGCAAGACUUGAAGUCAAAAUAUUCCACUUUAGAGGUCAGUACAAAAAGUACUCCAAGACAGUUGACCACAGCUUGCUCCGUGCCCUCCCUUCAAAUGUCCGACCCUCCGCUGGGCUCCAUGCAGAGACACAGUGUGGUAGUCAGCCAGCCCCACAAAGAAAACCCAUGUCAGGGCCACCUUUACAACUCUUUGGGCCGGAAAGGAAUCAGUGCUAAAUCUCAGCCAUAUAACAGGUCUCAGUCAUCUUCCUCCAUCUUGAUAAACAAGUCCAUGGACUCCAUCAACUACCCUGGUGAAAUGGGAAAGAAACAGGUGCUGCCUCUACACAAAAGUUCAAGGUGUGAGAGUCACCAGGAUUUGCUGCCAGGUAUUGCUGACUCAUGUCAACAGGGAACUGAAAAACGCUCAGAUCUCAUACUCCAAGACUCACAGAAAGUUCUGGUAGUAAAUAGAAAUCUACCCUUAAAUUCCCAAAUAGCUACACAGAACUAUCUUUCCAAUUUCAAAGAGACUGAAGAAGAUGAAGAUGACUAUGUAGAAAUAAAGUCCGAAGAAGAGGAGUCGUCAGAGUUAGAGCUCUCUUACAGUCGAAGAAAGGAACCUGACUCCAAGAUGAUGGAUGCUGACUUUUCUGGUACCGUUGGCAGCAGUGGCACAUCUUACCCUUUGAAUACGCCGUGCACUCCAAAAAGGCCAGUAAGUGGCAAGCUUGGCAUUUCACCGUAUCUGACAUCAUACAGCGAUUCUGACAAACUGAAUGACUAUCUCUGGAGGGGGCCGUCUCCCAGUCAGCAAAAUAUUGUCCAGUCUUUGAGGGAAAAGUUUCAGUGUCUUAGUUCAAGCAGCUUCGCCUGAGGUUCUUACAAGGACCUGCCAGAAGUAACUUCUCAUUAUGCUCCUAAGUCACAGUUACUGAGAGGUAUUUUAUAUGUACCAGAUUAAAACAAUUUUGUAAUAACCAGAGGUGUAAAAUAGACUUUCUUUUACCGCACAACUUUUUGAAAUGGCUGACAAUCCAGCCAGGAUUUUACUGUAGCAAAUGUCAGCACCUAACAGUAGGUUUUCUGAUGCUGAUUAUCAUCAUAUUUCAUGUCAGUCAGUCUCACUUGAAAAUUUUUAGGCUUUUUUUUAACAAUGUGGUCAGAUAUUUUUUCCCAUAUCCUGAUAGCAUUAAGAAAUGCAGUAAUCCUUUCUUACUAUCCAGAAGCCAUGAUUAGUUUUAUCCUAGGACUCAAAGGCAGCAAGGAGCCUUUUUCACCUUUUAAAAAGGAAAGGAAACUAAAGCUGUCUGGGGGAUUAUGCUUAUUCUGUCUAGCAUUCCUGCUACAUUUCUGGCAAAACCCUAGGAUAAUAACUUAAGCUAGAGAUCUCUAGUUGGAGUAUAGUCUAUAAGUACCCAUUUUAGGGUUUCUGUGCUGGUUUUCCUACAAUGCAGAAAUUGUGUAACUUGGAAAUUAGAAUGUAGCACGUCCAAUAUUAAACAGAAAUCCUUACCCGCAUUCCUGGACAAUGCCUGGGGAAUGUGCUGCUCAUCAUGUUUAUGAAUUCUGGGGUAGAAUGAAUGAUUCUGUCAGUGGCUUAAAGAAAACCAACUCUAAGAAAAUACAAAUUGACUUAACUGCUAGAAAGGUGAGUUGACACUAGGAACAAUUUUAUUUUUAUUUUCUCCUAUUAGAGUUGGAUGAGGAUAAUAGAACCCUUUAUACUAUUUUUGUGCUUAUCUCUGAUCAGUACAAAGUAAACCAUAAGCUCAAAUAAAACAAAGCAGUUUGAAGUUACUCUUCCCAGAGAGGUUUUUCAUUAGUACGUCGUGAGAUUCGUAGUCAGUCAAAAGAUCUGCACAUACCCUGGAGGCUUUCAACAACUGCAAUGAAAUUUAUUUUCUAAACCACAUAAAACAUGGGGCCUUCUCUCAUUGUUUUGAGGUAUAUAUAAGAAUAGAACCUUUGGCUACUAAGUUCUAACAUCUUCUAUGUGGUAACUAUGGUCUUUAAAUAGUGGUUCCUUGUGAUAUUAUGUACUACUGUGAGACUUUAUGGAAGGAAACUGAAAAACAAAAGCAAGACCUUGUGAGUAAAAAGCAAAAUCAAAGAAACUAAAGAGAAAAAUGAAGGCAAAUUUAUGGCUACUUUAUAAAAAUAUUCUAUUUUACUGAAGACUCUAGUCAAUACAACGUGAAUGUUCUCAGACCCCUUUGUAUUCUCAUUUUAAGCAGUUUUAUAUUCUGUGCCCCCUUCACCAUCUUUCAGUUUUCAUUUUAAAAGUUACGAUAAUAUGUGUAGAGAAAGGGGAUCUAAGUUUAUCAUUUAAUGAUAUUAAUGAUAUUAAUGAUACUGAUUUGAAUCAGGGACAUCUUAUCAACAUUCUUUUCUUCACCAUAAAACAUAAAAUGGGACCGUCCUCAUUUUACAAACAGGUACCUAAGGCAUUCGUUUUUUUUAAAUACCACAGAAUAACUUGUUUCUUGCUUUGCUAUACUGUUCUUUCACCUUGUAGCUUGUAAAACAAAAUCCAUAUUGAAUAGCAUGAUUUUGAAAAUAUUUCUUCCUUCUGGCCUUUCUUUAAACAUGGUAUGAGUUUUUAAGAUUUAAGCAGGAACAGAAAAGACAAGCACUGUAGGAAAGUAUGUCCCUAGAUUGCUAGAGGUACUUAGAAGUGCAUUUGCAAAACAGUCACCUGAUUUUUCUUGUCCCAAGAAUACAGUUCCCCACUUUUGCUUUUUGGUUCAUAUGAUCCAAAUUCUAUAUUGUCCGUAUUAAUGUGGCAUCUUACACUCAGAUAUCAUUGAUUCUUCACACCAGUUUCUUGUUGCACGGCUUUGAUGUCACCUGUAGGAAUACUCUGCUGCAGGAAGGUGGAUGUCUCACUGUAUAAAAUCUGUGGUUGUCUUCAAAUUCUAGGACAAAUCUUUAGUUUUAAUGAUCACCUCUGUCAUCCAGGAUGCAGAUUUUGAGAGCUGUGUAUAUAUAAUCAUGUUUCUAUUUUUCUUCAAAGUUGUCAAUUAAGGGUUUUUGUUUAAAAGUUCCUUUUGGAGGUGGGGAAGGGAUGUAUAUAGUUGGGAAGUUAUUUGUACUUAACAGUAUGUCAAGUUCUUAUUAGGGCUCUGUGCUGAAGGUUCAGUUGGUUUUUUUAUAAGUUCACCUUUCACCUACUCUAUUCUUCAUGCAAAAACAAUGCAUCUAGGAAAACAUAGUUUAAAUACUGUAUAUAAGAUAAUGAAAGUUAGUAAUGCUCAUUAUUUAAUAAAGUUUGUAAAGUACAAAGUAA